CUUUAGCUGAUCGUUUGAACCGUGUGACAUCACUGUUAGAUGGAUCUGCAUUGGCUUGGUUUAAUUGGCGUAUGCGUGGUGGCUUGAUUGAUGGUUGGGAUGAUUUUGUGGAAAAGUUCAAGAUUCGAUUUGCUCCGUUAAACACUUUGGAUUAUAUUUCUUUUGAGAAGACAUCGGCGAAGGCUAGAGACGCAUUUGUCCACAUGGUGGAAGUCGCAACCACACUCCCCGUCCCCAUUGUGGACAUAGAUGGGUCAAAAGAAUCAAGCAAGGAAUCUCAUAUCAAAGAGGAUGAUUAUAGCGGGUCUGGCAUCGUUGGCGAUGAUGGGGGUGCUAUUGAUGAAAAUGGUGGUGCUACUAUUCAAAGUGACGAGCCAUCUUACAAAUCAGAUUCUACUAGCCGAGAAUUAUAUGUGCCACUAAACGCCUCGGUUGGGAUGACAAUUGCAGAGUAUGAAGCUCUAGCAAGUAUCGAGAGGGUGGCAGAUGCAGAUAAGAAGCAGGUGGCCAACCUCAUUUCAUUUGAUGACACCAUUAAAUUGUUUGACCUAGUCGAUGUGGUCAAGAUGGAGCACCUGGUUUCACCGAGAGCAACUACAUAUGCUAUGCGCCCCGUCUCCUUUUUUCCCAACUUUGCUACAAGAGCCAAGCUAGGUGAAGAUUCAAAGAGUGGACUGCUCCUUUGGUUCAAAGAGUGGACUGCUCCUUUGGUUCAGAUCCUACUUUUCAGGAAUUUUCUACCUCAGGUGGUGUGGUCAUUGCAGAGUAUGAUAUUCCAAAAAGUGUUGACAAAGUGAGAGAUGGAGAUGGUAAACAAUCACACUCGCCUAUGUUGAUUGACACCAUCACACUGUUUGAGCUUGUCGAUGUGGUCAAGACGGAGCACCUGAUUUCACCAAGAGCAACUACAUACAUAUGUUCAGCGCCCCGUCUCAUCUUUCCAUCACUUUGCUCCAAGAUCCAAGGUGGUUGAAGAUUCAAAGAGUAGACUGCUCCUUUGGUUUGGCAUUCUCUCUCCGGUUCAGAAGCACAAGUGGGAGCCUCCACCUUGAGGACAAGGUGGUUUUUAAGGGGG